AUGAAACAUCAUGACGGUCCAGUUCAUAUAACUGCAUUAUUUAAUUGCAGUUCAUUUAGAAUCGAACGUGUACUAGUUUUUUAUUUUGAAGUUCCCACUACACGAUGGUUGUGAGGAGCGUGAGGAGCAUGGCAAGGAAAUUAGGUGGCAUUAGGUUAGGGUAUUGCUUAAAGUAUGCGAUGGGAAAUGGUUUUAACUAACAUAAGUGUGUUAUUUUAUUGUAUGUUGCGUUAUAUUGGAUUCUUAUAUUUUAUUUGGUUCACAUUGUUUCGUUUCUCUUUACCGCACAUUUACAAAAUACUGGGUGUAAGAAGUCACUUCCCAGUCAUGACUUUACAUUUCGUUGAUAUUAACAGUGCAAUACCAGCAUAGGUGAAAAAUUGAACAUUAUUAUAAUCGUGAAGAUUUUAAUUAACUAAAUAUUGCAGUGCUGUGAGCCAUUGGAAGAGUGAAAUGUUACUCUUAGUGAAAUCAAUGCAAAUGUUAAGAACGUUUGUAAUGACGAAGCAGACCAAACCAAUAUUAAUAUGCAAUUUAUGCUUGAGGAGGGGGUAUGUCAGCCAGUUGCCUUUGUAUUCCUCUCGCGUAUCACCCUUGGGGACUGCCGUUAAAUAUAAAUUAUUAUCAACAUCAGCUGUAAUCAGACUGUCUGUGAAGACUCAGAACAAGAGGAAUGUAGUGUUUAGCAUGCCAGAAGCAAGAAGAUUAUUGUCUUUAGCCAAACCUGAGAAAUGGAAGUUGUUCGGUGCUGUGUGUCUUCUGCUGGUGUCUAGCUCUGUAACAAUGGCUGUUCCAUUUUGUCUUGGCCGUGUGAUCGAUAUUAUCUACACAGCUGAUCACCAGAAGAUGCGGGAGAACCUUACCAAGCUGAGUGCAGUGCUUCUGGCAGUCUUCCUAGUGGGAGGACUCUGCAACUUUGGACGUGUGUACCUCAUGUCUGUCUCAGGCCAGCGCAUCACACAGACAUUGCGACAGACUGUAUUUAGUUCCAUAAUGAAGCAGGAAAUUGCAUUCUUUGACAAGAACAGAACAGGUGAGCUCGUCAACAGAUUGUCAGCUGACACGUCCCUUGUCAGCCAAUCUGUAACAAUGAACAUUUCAGAUGGUCUUCGUUCUUCCUUCAUGGUUAUGGCUGGAGUCUCCAUGAUGUUCUAUUUGUCACCAGAGCUGGCACUGGUUGGCCUAUCCAUUGUGCCGCCUCUUGCCAUGAUGGCUGUGGUGUAUGGGAGAUUUGUGCGGAAAAUUGCAAAGUCGGUCCAGGACUCACUUGCCACAGCAAUGCAUGUGGCUGAGGAGAGGAUUGCCAACAUUCGAACAGUAAAAUCUUUCAGUCAAGAGAGCAGAGAGUGUGACACAUACAACAGCAAACUCCAGAAUGUCCUGCAGCUGGCUUACAAGGAAUCAUUGGCAAGAGGCAUCUUCUUUGGUCUGUCAGGAUUCAGUGGCAAUGUCAUCGUGCUGUCAGUGUUGUACUAUGGGGGCAUCAUGGUGAGUGACAGCUCCCUCACAGUCGGGAACCUGUCAGCCUUCUUGCUGUAUGCAGGCUACAUUGGUGUGUCCAUCGGUGGGCUGUCCAGCUUCUACUCUGAAAUGAACCGUGCCUUAGGAGCGAGCACCAGGCUGUGGGAACUGGUGGACAGGGUGCCAGAAAUUCCUGUGUCAGGUGGUUUGGUGCCAGCAAAGAUGCCUGCAGGUCAUAUCACAUUCCAGAAUGUGUCAUUUACAUACCCAUCACGACCUGGCAUACGUGUUAUCCACAAUUUGACCUUGGACAUCCCUGAGGCAUCUGUCACAGCUGUAGUUGGUGCUAGUGGUUCAGGCAAGAGCACAUUGGCAGCAUUGCUGCUGCGGUUAUAUGACCCUGAUAGUGGGACAAUCCUACUAGAUGGGGAGCCAGUGGGACAGCUGGACCCAUUUUGGCUGCGAAGCCAUAUUGGCUCUGUCAGUCAGGAACCAGUCCUGUUCUCCUGUUCCAUCCGUGAUAAUAUCUUGUAUGGAGCACCGAACCCCUCGGCAGUAACAGAGGACCAGCUGAUAUCUGCUGCCAAAGAGGCAAAUGCAUAUGACUUCAUUACAAAGAGUUUUCCUGAUGGCUUUGACACACUGGUUGGAGAGAGGGGUGUCAUGUUGUCUGGGGGCCAGAAGCAGAGAGUUGCCAUUGCAAGGGCCCUUAUCAAAAACCCAAGAAUCCUACUACUGGAUGAGGCAACGAGUGCACUUGAUGCAGAAAGUGAGCAUCUGGUGCAAGAGGCUCUGGAGCGCAUCAUGCGAGGACGUACUGUACUUACCAUUGCCCACCGGCUGUCAACCAUUCGCAAUGCAGACCAGAUCACUGUACUGGAACAAGGUCAUCUGGUAGAGAAGGGAACAUACAGUGACCUGCUGUCCAAGGAAAAUGGCACAUUCAGGAAGCUAGUACAGCACCAAACAUUCACUGUCAGCGACAGCUGAAGUGUAGUGUCCAUAUUGUAAGCACUGCCAACAUCAAGCAGAUAGCUGUGCAUGAAACAGACUUUGUCUUCACUUCAGUAAAAUGGUUGGACACUCCGAAAUCCUGGAGUCAUUUCAAGAAAAUUUGGGAUUUAUGAUGGCUCUGGGACAGAUGUGUCUCCAAUUACCAAAUUAAUUUGAGUAAUUUACUCACCUUUGUACACAAAAAAUCGUAUCUGAAACUUUCGCAUAAAAUGUACAAAUACAUUAUCGAGUAUAAUUUUACAUUGUACUGAGGUCAGAAGACUGAUGGCUGUGUAAUAGUGAGAAAUGCCAGAAAUUCCAUUCUUUUUUGUGUAAUUUAUAACCAAUUUGAAGGUGGCUGUAUACGUUAUAUUACCUUGCAUUUGAUGCACUUUCAAAUUGCUGAUUAUUGGUAAUUUAAUAUAAGUUGAUAUGUGAGUGAUACAUCUUCAUUGUAAUGAAUACAAUGGUGCAUCCAACAUGAUGAGUUCACAUGCAACAGAUUAAUUUUAAAUAAUAAAUAAAUAAAUGACAGGUUACCUUCAUUUGUGUGCUUUCAGUUUCCUAACUGGAAAAAAAGGCCAUGUGUGUUUAUUGAGCAUGAAUUAGUUUGUAUUCACUGAAUGUUGAAAAACAAAAUUAUGAAAGACUGAUGGUGUUGCCCCACAGUAGCAGGUAGCAGUGACUUAAAUCUGACUUCCAAGCAUGACAGAAAUGGCAUUAUUGAGACAGAGAUACUGUGUGUAUUUGAACAUUGGCAUGGUAAAGCAGUGCACCAUCAGUCCUUCAUUAACAUUGCAAUGUUAUUGGAGGAUUGAGGGCAGACUUAAUUUUUUGAGCUACUGAAGGACAAAUAAAGGCUUCUUGGUCAUGUGAAAAUUAAAUAAGCAUAUACAGAGUGCCUUGAAAUUCAUGCCUACACAUGCCUACUGCUACACAGUUCCUUGAUGAACACUAAGAUGGAAGUUUGCCUUGUUAAAAUUUUGAGCAAUGCAUAAUUUCUGUAUAAAUCAUGAUUAAAGUCCCUUUUGCCAUGUUGCCACAUUGCAUUAAACUUUAUAAUCACACUUUUUGUGUAAAUUAUGCCUUUGUCAAAAUUUUAUCAAGGAACAUUUUCAUUUCAGUACUCACGAAAGAAUCUUGUGGUAGAGUCCAUAGGCAUGAAUUUAUUAUAUAAACACUGUAUACUGAAGUUCAGUUCUUGAGACAUUUCUUAGAACUGAUGGGAGACAGUGGGAUCUGUUUAACCCCAAAUUAGUACUUCAGCGUACAUACCACCAAAAACAGUGUAUUGAUUGUGUUCUUCUGUACUGAGUGCUCUAACCCUCUGUACCCAGCUAUCUGCCACAGAAAUCAGUGGCCCAUGCCAAUAUUUCACAGCGUUAUCAAGUACAGCUUUGAAUUACUUCAGAAGCUUUGACAUGUGUGUUGGAACUGACAGCAUGUUAAUUGGGUUGCUGGCAAUGCACAUAAUAAAAAAUUACAUGAUCAAUAUUUAUUUUCAUAUCAAGCUUAUCUGGCAAAAAAAAAUUGUGGCUUAAAGUUGGAGUUAAAAAUACAGCAUUUAUCUUCCCUCCCCAUUUAAAUAUCUAAAGUGGAAGUGCAUAAAUUGUACAAGUAAAUGUGGUACUUCAAGUUAUAUUUUGCCAGUCAUCAUUCCACCAUUUGCUGCAUACUGUUAUAACCCAUGGGGUGUGCAGUAAGCUUGAGAAGCCAGCAUGUUGUCACAGUUUUAUCAUCAAAUAUAAAUACAAAUGUAAUACAAAUGGCCCUGACAUUCAGAGUUCUUUGGGUCUGAAGUUUUCAUCAGUUUUGUCAUGUCAAAAAUUACUUUGAAUCAGAUAUUGUCAGCUUUGCUAGUGACAGAGAUGGGAGAUGGAAAUGUUGGUACAUAAUAAUACAGAUUUUAACUUUAUGUCAUGUUUUAUUCUUGAUUCAACUUCCUGCAUGUUAAUUGGCUUCAUCAUCACAAAGUUCCAAAAGUGGCAAGUGAAAACUAACUCCAUGUAUGCACAAAAAUGUUCAUUUAGGACAAGUAUCAUGACCAAAUUUUCAUCCUGGACAUAUUCUUGCAAUUAAUAAAAGAAGCAGACUUCACUUACUACUUCCACAAGCAGUCAAGUCACAUUCAGCCCAUAGGUUCUUAUAAACAAAGGAAAGAGUUGUAAUCUUUGCUAACAGGGAUGAAGUUGUACAAUAUCAGGUAUAUUUGUAACUUUGUGAUUGAGCAACCACAUUAUAACACAUGAGUUUCACAGCUUAAGUUUUAGCUUAAUAUAGUUCCUUGCUUUUAGAGUCCAAGAUAGUUCAGAAAGAAAUCUUAUUAAAUUUGUACAAGUGUAUCAUACUGUCAGAAAGAACACUUGUACUUUUCUUGUUUUAAAAUAUGUGAACAAAAAUUGGAAUGCAAAGCUUAUGUGUGACAAAGUUAGUGGCACUACCCAUUCCAAGCUUUCUGUUUAACUUUCACAACUUUCACUUGCUUUUCCAUACCGUUGCAUAACCACAUUUUAUUAGUGGAUAUUAAUCAAGAAGGUACUGUGCACAUGAAGAGUAUAGUCUUCUAGGAUGGGGCACCAUGUAAUUUGGUGUAGAUGGGUUCCAACAUGUUGGAGGAACCUGAUACCUCUAUCUUCAGGGUCAACCCUGAUGAUGGAGGCAGCAUGUUCUUUCAAAACGUUGGUACCUGUCUACCACACUACAUAAUAUCACAUCCCAGAAAGCUGUUGUGAGAACAUAAGUGUCUCUCAUGCUGUGCACAUAGUCUGCUAAACAGUACUAAAGGCAUGCAUUUACAAGCUUUCAUGCUUUGUGAAAACAGCAUAAUUAAUAAAA